UCCCCUCUGCGCAUCUCCCAGAUCCUGCGGUCAGUGCUGCCGGCUGCAGAAGUCUCUGGUACUGUGCGCUGUGCAUAAAUCCAGCAGCGGCGGCAGCACUGAACGCAGCUAUCUCCCAGCCAGACUGUGCGUAUGCACUGCAGUGCGUUCCGGGCAUUGCACCCAUCGGCCUCUGGCCAACCGCAUCCUCUGCAUCCUCCUCCAGCCCCCUCCCCGGGCUGCGCACAAGAAAAUACUGCUGCAGGAGUCCUUUCCUUUCCCGGGUUUGAAGAGGUACAAUAUUCUGACUCUGUAGUACUUAAAGGAGGCAUGAGUCAGAGAUUUAGAGAAUGAAGAGGUCUGAGCCAUCCAAUCCAGCAUCUUCAUUUUACAGAUAAAAACAGUCCUGGGACAAAUGAAUAUACUGUUCUGUUUCACGUUCUACAGAGCUUCAUACAGGAAUCCUUGAUGGAGGUCAUCUAACCGCUGCUUGAACAUGUUCAACGACGGGGAGCUCACUAUUUAACAAAACAGACUGUUUCAUUGUUGAACAGAUCCUUUUCCUUCAUGAGUGACAGAAGAGGCAGAGCUAUAGUGGGAAGAACAUCAUCCUUUCUAUGCUGCGAGGCACCAUAUUGGGAAUGGAUAGAGAGAUAGAAACUACCUAGUUCCUGCUCUCAAGAAGCUCAAAAGCAAAGGCGGGAUCUGUUGCUGCAGCCCAGGCAAGGAGCAGCUAUGGACAAGAUCCUGGAAGCUGUGAUGCUGUCCUCCUACCCCACCAAUGUGAAGCAAGGGCUGGUACGGCGGGUGAUCGAGGCAGCAAAGCAGCCCAUGGACAGUGCACAGUGCUGGGCCAUGCUGGAGCUGUCCACCAAACUCUUCCUGGUGGGUGACACCAAGUUCAAGCGGGAGAUCGGUCAGGAGGUCCUGGAAGUCUAUGGCCGAUACCACCCAGAGGCCUUUGUGGAGUUCUUUAAUGCCCAUUUCCUCCUGACUCUGCUGCAGGAGGGCUACGGGACCCCUGGGCACCCCAGCCCCUAUGUGCUGGAUUAUGUCCAGUUGGGUCUGCAGUUCAUCCCUGAGGGCCCAGCAGCUGAGGGUGUCUUUGCCUUGCUCCGCCUGGAAGUCCUGAGAAAGGUGUGUGAACGGCCUGGCCCCAGGCAAUGUGCCAAGGUGGCUCGCCUCCUGAGCCAGUACCCACGCUGCAUUCCAGAUGGCAGACACCGGCUGCUCUUCUGCCAGCAGCUGGUCCGCUGCAUCGGGCAGUUCCAGUGCCUGGCGGAGGGGGAGGAGGGCAUUGUGGAGUUCUUGAGUCACGUGAACCGAGUGAGUGGGCUCUUGCCUAAAAUUUGGAGGGCUCAAGCCUCGUCCAUCUUGCCAUCCCUGAAGGAGCUGUUUGCCAUCAUCUCUUCCACAGAGGAGCAGGAGCCUCCCUCCAACGCCCUGGCCAGUGUCGUUCAGUAUGUGCCUCUAGAACUUAUGGAUGGGGUGAUCAGGAACCUCACCAAUGAUGAUAGCAUCACAGAUACCCAGAUGAUGACUGCUAUCAGCAGGAUGAUCGACUGGGUAUCUUGGCCCCUGGGGAAAAACAUAGACAAAUGGAUCAUCACGUUGCUAAAGGGCCUAGCAGCUGUUAAGAAGUUCAGCAUUUUGAUUGAAGUCUCUCUCUCCAAAAUAGAGAAGGUUUUCUCCAAACUGCUCUACCCCAUUGUGAGGGAGGCUGCGCUGUCGGUUCUCAAGUAUAUGCUUCUGAGUUUCCAGCACUCCCAUGAAGCCUUCCACCUGCUUCUCCCUCACAUCCCCAAAAUGGUAGCCUCCUUGGCAGAAGAGGACUCCAACUCCCGAGCAAACUGCCUGGAAGAGCUGGCAGAGCUGAUCCACUGCAUGGUGUUCCGCUUCUCAGGCUUCCCAGACCUGUAUGAACCAGUCAUGGAAGCCAUCAAGGACCUCCACGUUCCCAAUGAAGACCGCAUCAAGCAGCUCCUGGGACAGAACGCCUGGACCUCCCAGAAGAAUGAACUGGUCUGCUUCUACCCACGGCUGGCAGCCAAGUCAGAUACGGGCAAGAUUGGCCUCAUCAACCUAGGGAACACCUGUUACAUGAACAGUGUCAUUCAGGCUCUGUUUAUGGCCUCAGACUUCCGACACUGUGUUCUGCAUCUUCCUGAGGACAAUUCGCAGCCCCUGAUGACCAAGCUGCAGUGGCUUUUUGCCUUCCUUGAACACAGCCAGCGGCCUGCUGUCUCCCCAGAGAGCUUCCUGUCUGCCUCCUGGACACCCUGGUUCAGUCCCGGUGCCCAGCAAGACUGCUCUGAGUACCUGAAGUAUCUGUUGGAUCGAUUGCACGAAGAGGAAAAAACAGGGAAGAGAAUUUGCCAGAAGCUCAAACAGUCAAACACACCAUCCCCCCCAGAGGAGCAUCCAAGCCCCAGCCCAACAGCUGUAGAGAAAAUGUUUGGUGGGAAGAUUGUGACACGGAUCCGCUGUCUUCGCUGCCUCAAUGUCUCCACCAGAGAGGAAGCAUUCACGGACCUCUCACUGGCCUUUCCGCCCCCUGACCGUCGCCGUCGUCGCCUGGGCUCUGUCAUGCUGCCGGCGGAAGAUGUCCGGCUACAAUGUCCUCCAUCGCCAGCCAAGACCCAGGCCCCAGGCAGUGAGGGGGCCCGGAGACAGAGAAAGCACUGUAUCGCUGGGGAUGCUCUGCCCCCAGUUGUGAAUAUUGAGAUCCUUGGGUUCCAAGAACCAGGAGGGCACAGAGACAACUUCAGACAAGAGGAUGAGAAGGAAAAGAAAGAAAAUGAAGAGGAAGAGAAAGAGGACCAGAAGGAGAAGCAGGAAGAGGAAGAGGAGAAGAUGGGGGAGAGGGAGAAAAAGAAGGAAGAAGAGGUGGAUGAAAAGAAAGAGGAGAAACAGGAGGAAGAGGAGAAAGAAAAAGAGGAGAGAAAGAAAGAAAAGGAAGCUUGUCUAGGCCCGAGGACUGGAGGGAACCCGGGGGUUGCCUCCGGGGAGCGGAUGUGUGGCCCUGAGGGUUCUCGCUCUGUCCCAGAUCUUCUCAAUUACUUCCUGUCACCAGAGACCCUGACAGCCGAGAACCGUUAUCACUGUGAGCAUUGUGCCUCCUUGCAGGAUGCAGAGAAGGUGGUAGAGCUGAGUGAGGGGCCCCGCUACCUCAUCCUCACCCUGCUGCGCUUCUCCUUUGACCUCCGGACCAUGCGUCGGAAGAAGAUCCUGGACAACAUCUCUAUUCCGCUGUUCCUUCGGCUCCCCGUGGCUGGCGGCUGCUCCCGGCAGGACCAGGCCCAGGCCAGUGCGGGCUAUGACCUCUGCAGUGUUGUGGUGCACUCGGGCAUCUCCUCAGAAAGCGGCCAUUACUACUGCUAUGCCCGAGAAGGAGCCACGGCCACGGUUAACCCGCCCGGGUGCACGGGAUUCUCCUCAGCCGAAAAGACCCCAGGACUAGAGAGCCAGUGGUAUCUGUUCAACGACACCCGCGUCUCCUUCUCCUCCUUUGAGUCAGUCAGUAAUGUCACCUCCUUCUUUCCCAAGGACACAGCCUAUGUGCUGUUCUAUAGGCAGAGAGCCAGAGAAGGCCUUAGGGCAGAACCCAGGUCACCCAGACCCCACAGUGAACCAGCUCUCCACAAAGACUUGAUUGAAGCCAUAUCUAAAGACAACCUUCUUUACCUGCAGGAGCAGGAAAAGGAGGCCAGGAGCAGAUCAGCCUACAUCUCCACGCUCCCCAAAUCUCCCCCUUGGGGGAGGGACUUGGAUGAAGACAAAGAUGAGGAUGAUGAAGGCUCCCCAGGGGGCUGUGACCCUGCAGCUGGAGGCAGUGGCAGCUCCUUCCACAGACUUGUCUUCUAGGGGUCUUGAACCCCAAUUCCAUACACCCUUCCUAGCCCCCAGCCUGCUCUAACGCCCCUUCCCUUGCAAGGCCACCUCAGGCCCCUUAUUCCUUAAACAGGACAAGAGAGGGUGGGCUCCGAGGUUUCACCACACCACCUGCUCCCCAGGCCCUGAGGACUUAGAGUGGACAGGGUCCUAUUUUCACAUAUAGGAAGCCGACUUGUUCUUCCUAACCCCAGACCUGUUCUUCCUCCCCUAGCUUCCUAGCAGGAUUAGGAACAAAGGGAGAAAGUUAAGGAGGAGCAGAUUUCAGCUCACUUCCUAACAGCUGUUCAGUUAGGGAGCAGGCUGCUUCUCCAUGGGGAGUGAGCUCCUCAUCGAGGGAGAUAUUCAAGCAAAAGGCAGAUGACCACUUGUUGGGGAUAUCAUAGAGGGGGUUUCUAUUCAGGGACAAGUUGAACUAGAUGACCUCUGAGGUCCCUUCAAGCUCAGAGAUUCUCUGACCACACCUUCCAGGGAAAGGGCAUCUAAGGAAGAAGGUCUGACCCUUUUCUGAAGGGUAGAGGCAGAAGUUAAUGGUACAGGCCCAGCCCAGGGCCCAUCGGAGUGUGGGCUUCUGGUCUGGUCAGUCUGCUUGAGGAACUGAGUCAUCAGGACUCAGAGAAUACCCGAGCAAGGUCUGCGUAAAAGUCCAUUUAAAUGCCACAUAAAGGCUUGUCCUCACUGGUUCCACUGAAAUGCCUACCGUGUGACAACAGCAAUUUCAGGGUCCUGCAGGAAUAAGGCUUUGACUCACAUACAUGUGUGUGUGGUGACCAAAGACAAACGCCUUCUUUCUCUGGGCCUGAUUUAUGCAACAGUCAUAAUCCGUUACAAAAGGACAUGAUCAGGUUUGGGGAGAAGAGGCCUCACUGACUUUCACAGUUCUAAUCUGUCAUCAAACAGCACUUGUCCCUUUACCCCUUUUCCUUUCCCUCCCCCUCAAUUUCCCCAUCACUCGAAAAUACCACCACCCUUCCCUGAUAAUACACCCUGAGCUCUCAAAAUCGGGGAGAUGGUAAGAUAGAGGAUGCGUGAGGGAGUGUGGGUGUUGAUGUCACCUUUCUUUGCCCCCUAGUGCGGGUCUCUUUAACCUGGGACUCACGGACCUCCCCACCCCCCACACCUCCAUAGGCCCCAUGGGUAGAUCUCAGGGUAUCCACGAACUUGGAAGGGGGGGAAAAAGACAUCUUUAUUUGCAUUCGCCACUGAAUUGGGCAUUUCCUUCGAUUAUUUUAAAAGCAUGAUUGUGUGUGUAUGGGGGGUAGGGGGGUUCUAUUAUAGGCGUCACCAGACCAUCAGAGGGGUCCAUGUCCUCAUUAAGGUUAAGCCUCUCUGUCCUGGAAUGUUGACCAGAGCACUUGACUCAUUAUUCUCUGGAAUCUAAUUCAGAGCUGUGAGAGAACUCAACCCUUAUUUUAUAAAUGUGGAGACAGGCCCAAGAUGACCUGCUCAGGGAGGCAGCAAAGACUCAGGAUCUUGACCAGUUUUUGCCAACUGCAUGCACAGUAUAACGGGGAGUGGCCUUGCCCACUCCCCUCUGCUCCCUCUUCUCUCAGACAGGGGAGACUCAGCCUCCUGCUCCCCUGGUCCCAAUUUACCCGUGAUGGCUGUUUAUUUUUACUAAGAAAGAGAGAACAGUGCAUUUUGCAGCUAGGAGAGAGGUGAUGAGCCAGCAGACACUUCUGUUGGGGAUGUGGCGGCUAUAUUUUCUGUAAUUUUGUAAUUCGGAUCCAUUAGAUCACAGGAGGUUAAAGCCGGUCGUCAGUGCCGAAAAGACAUUAGUCCAACCUCAUUUUAUAAAUGAAGGCACUCACAGGUAGAACUGGGAUUCCCACCCAGAUCCUCUGACCUAACACUUUCCCUAAACUGUGCGGCCUCAGUUUAUCCUCAUGACCUCCUACUCAUAUGGGUGGUAGGUUUUUUAUCCCCAUUUUAUAGAUGAGGAAACAACCUCCGAAAGGGUUGAUUCGUGAGCACCCCCUACCAGCCUGCUACAGUGCCUGAUUAUACCCAUUAGAGUUGCCCAUGCUAAGAUUCUUGUAUCUUUUUUUAAACCGGGGAGCUGGAUUCUUGUUCUGAUAGUGAAGUGGGUGAUCUCUGACAUUCACAGGAGUUAAAAUUGGAAGGGCCCUUGCAGCUGAACUAGUCUAAGGACUUCUUUUUAGAGAGGAGAAGACAGACUCAGAGGCAGAAGUGACUUGCCCAAGAUCAUACUUCCACCAUAAUAGUAGAGUUGGAUUUGAAUCCAGUUUUGAGAUCCUAUGGGUCUGUGACUAUUUUCCUUCCUAUGAUCGAAUUUCUCUUGCCUGAGUGGCCUGGGAGUGGGACCCCACAGCCUGGCCAACUGGAGCUGGCAUUUGGGCCAGACUCUGGACCAGGAAUUCCCAAGCUGGGUCCUAAGCCUGAUUCUGGCAGUAUGACUUUGGGUAAGUCACUCUCCCUCACCAGGAUGGUCUGUGAUCCUGGGUAUGGCCUCUUAUGGGUAAAGUUUUAGGAGAAACGAUGCUCCUGGGCUUUGGGCAGGGGGAGCAAUUCUUCUCCAUUCUCCCGGCAAAUAGCAUGGGGAAAUCAAGUUCGUAGUGGUAGAACUGCAGGUCGAUCCCAAUAUAUUGACAUUUCUGUUGCACUCUCCGUACCAAUCCUGGUCCCAUGUGAGGAAACAGACUCAGAAGGAAUGAUUACCCAGAUAGUGCCAGAGACAGGACAGGAACCCAAGGCAAGUCACCAGAGGCAUAUUAAGACUCAGCCUGAUGCUCUUCUCACUCCCCGAGGCAGCCUUUGCAAUGAGGAAAAGGGCAUCUGCACCCCAACCUAUCACAGGAGGAAUGGUGGAAUCGCUCCCAGCCUGGGGCCUGGGGCUCUCAGAUGGUUAUUCUUCUUCAUCCUUUUCCUUAUCCCUUGGAGCUGAGGAAAUACUAGGGGUUCAAAUUUGGGAAGAUUUCCAAGGGGAAGCUCUUCUCUCUCCCUCUUCUCCUGCCUUCAGUCCCGACCGCAACAUUGUCUCCUAACUAUCCCGAAGAGGGACAGGCCGAAGGGGAGGGGGAAGAAAAAUGUGGGGAAGCAGAGGGUUCAGGGAUGUGGCAGCCUCCCGGUGAAAGAGAAGUCAUACUAUUUUGGAGUCAAAGUUCCUGGCUCUGACACUUGGAGACAGUGGGAUGUUAUUUAACCUCUCGAGCCUCAGUUUUGUCAUCUGUGAAGUGGGGGUACCAUUUGCAUUCCUGACUUCAACUAGUUUUUGGAGGAAAGUCCUUUGAAAGCCAUAAAUCAUUAUAGAAAUGAGAACUUAUUAAAUGGAGACCCAGGGAGUUGAAGAUGAUUACACAACGAUUGAUUGUACCCAGAGCUGAGACUGAAAGUGAGGUCUGAGGUAAGAGAAGAAGUAGGGACUUGAUAAGAAAGGGAGGGGAGAAAAUGGGAGUUCUUUCAAGAGAUCUCAAGUAGGGUAGAAGAAUCCAGCAACCUGGCUGGACAACAAUCUGCAGCGGAGUGCAAAUUUUAGCUCUGCCACUGAUUCACUGGUACACAGUCACUUCAAUAAGCCUCAGUUUCCCCAUCUGAAUAGAAAACUCUCAGCCUCAGUUUCCUCAUCUGUAAAAUGAAGGGGUUGACCAGAUGACCUCUUAAGUCCCUUUCCAGCUCCAAACAGGAUCCUAUGAGCUACAAGUUAGGCAGCAAUACUGGCCUGGGCUCAUGUCCUGGCUGCAUGUCCAAGCAAAUCACCUCGACUUUCUGAGCCUUGUGGUGUCUUCCUCUGAACCACGAGGAUAAUACUUGUACUGCCUACCUCCUGGGGUCUUUGUGUGAACCUUAAAGCAUCCCAGACAUGUGAUUUGUGGGUGUUAUUCUGUGAUGGUGGCUGGGCCCUCACCCUCCAUCUACCAUUCGCGUCAGACACAGACAGACUCAGUGGAUCAGAUUUCUCUUUGCCUUUAUUCUUGCCUUGCUGUCUGUGGCAGUGAACAAGGGGAUUCACUUUCACUGGGCCUGUACCAUAUUUCAUCAACGGCAGAAACAUUAGCUACGUUAAACCCAUUCCCCACC